AUUGGCAACCGCACCCGCGUGCGACGGAUUCUGCAGUGGCAUCGCUGACUCGCAGGUCCUGGCUGGUCAUUGACACCUUUCGCCAAUUGAUCGAGGAAACCCAGUGCCAUGCAGACGCAUAUGGAGUCGCUGCAUCUCCCGCGCCUCGACCUCGGCUUGUUCAAGAACAGCAGUCGGUACCUCGAACGCGUGGGCAAACCAACGAUCCCGUUCCAACCCCCGGUGUGGGCCGCCCCGCACAAACCGCUCGCAAUUGCACUCGUCGACGUGUUCAAAGCGAACGAAGUCAUCACGAGCAUCAACGUCGAUUCGAAAGCGUGCUUCCUCUUUGGACGCAAUGCGCUCGUGUGCGACAUUGUGCUGGAGCAUUGUUCGAUCUCACGAAUGCACGCCGCACUGGUCCACCACGUCGAUGGCGCCAUGUACUUGAUUGACCUCGGGUCGUGCCAUGGAACGUUCAUGGACGGUGAAAAGCUCGAGCCACUUCGACCGACCCUCCUGUCCCAUGGAACCCACCUCCGAUUUGGCGUGUCGUCGAGGACGUACCGGUUCAAGUCGUACGAGUCGCGACAGCAGAUUGAGCACCGCGUUCAAACCACGAUCGGCCUCCAGCCAGACGAGCGGGAACUGCAAACGAAUACCCUGCUGAAUCGAUUUCUAUCCUAUCGGCUCGACGCUCCAUUCUGCCACCCGUCGAUACCAACCAACCCGUGGCCGCACAACUCGAAUCGCAUUGCGUCGCAUUCGAUGGACACGAGCGAAGAUGCACAAGAAGAAGACAACGACGUGACGAACGGAUCCGUUUCCGCCGUCCCGUCCGCUGCCGACGACGACAUGGUUGUGUCGGAAUGCGACCCCGCAGGCUUACCGACGACUGUGGGGCCGCACCACGGAACGGCGGCAUCCUUCGCCCAGUCGAGAAAGCGGACCCGGCCAACGUCCGCUGCCCCCGCGACGGACCACGUUUUCCUCACUUAUGACAACAAGCGCGUCCAUUUUGUCGAAUCCCCGCAGAUCAUUCACCAUUACCACCACACUGACGAAGACGACGACGUCAUGGAUGUGACGAUGGAUGGCUUUGACGUUCAGCACAGACGCGCCUCCUUUGACGACGCGGUGAAUGGGGCGGCCACCCCUAGCCAAACGAAGUUUAUGCUCCAGCACCUAGGCAGCGAAACCACGCGAUGUGGCGCGAGUGUCGGGGCGGCGCUCGGAUUUCCCAUGGAAGGACUCCACCAACGCCCGUCGAUCGACACCUCCAACAGAAUACCAGGGGCCCGGCGGCACACGUUAGGUUAACCAUAGGAUUUAUUAACACGUUGCGACUUGAGCUCACGAAGGCCGCCACGGGAGAAUAUCGUGGCUGGCAGCACGACAUCGUUGUGCGAACGAAGCGAAGCCAUACCACACAGCUCUGGUAUGCUUCAUGUGGCACGCAUUGGUGGUGAUGAGACGUGCACAACUCAAGAGAUGAGCUUGGUAGACGUGGUGUUUGGAGUCGGUGAGACAACAGAGGCGAAAGCAGAAACCCAUGGGCCGCCCACGAACUGGAUCUGCGGAAUCAUGACCUUGCCGAUCGAAGCCGAGCAUGUGAGCGCUUUGGCUAAAGUGCAGGAUGCCCACCGGUGGCUCCACCACGAGCUACACGUCGUUCUUGUCGUCGGGUGGGUCGACCCUUUGUACACCAUGUGCCAAGAGAUGACGGAUCAAGUCGUUCCGCAUUGCUGUUUUGACAACGCCGCCAUGCUGUGGCGCUGCAGACGCCAAUCCUUAGAGGUGCUUGGUAGUUCACGGUUGAUUCAUGCCGAGUGCGGGCCGAGGAUGUGCAGAACGUUGAUAUCCAAGCACCAGAGACCACCACGACAACUUGUUUGUAUUGCACCUACGAUGUCUCUUCCGUGAUGGGCAUGGCCUGCACGAGCUCUGCGAGUGGCUCGAGGCAGAAGAACCACGUGUCCUUGGUGGUGGACUUGUGGGAUAGCUGGAUCGACGCGUAUAUCCUCCAGUCAGCGGCCGCCAGGGAACCAAAUACAUGCGACAGCAGCACGUGCCCCCGUGACGACCGAUUCGAACUCCACGGACUCCCCAUGAGCUUGAACUGCGUGCACCCACCGUUUUGGCUGCCGUAAAUCGAUACGUGGACGUUGUCGUGGUGAUAGGCAUGGAGGAUACAGGACGUGACCCUGUCAACGACGUUUGGUGGAGCGCCGAUCACGCGCAGGACGUCGUGUUCGUGCACGGAUAUGGCGAAUACCUCUGGAUGGGUCCAAGGCGCGCGUCGUUCAAAGUACAUCGUGUCCAUGUCGCCCGCAGUCACGCAGGAUGACGUGUACAAAUAGUAGCCUUCGCGGAGCAAUGCUUUGAGCAAUCUCGCCAUGAACAGUCGCGCCUGCACGGUGACUUCCCCAGAAGGCGACGAGAAAGGAGUGCCGGGACCAAACCUGAUGUUCGUUAGGCCUUCCUUCGUGGUCCACCCCGACCACGCCUUGGCGGCAGCGCUCAUGAUCUUGUCCACGUGGUGCUGUGGGAAUUUGUGCAGCCGGAGCGUGUCUUCGCAGAACGAGAUGGUUGGCAACGCGUUGUGGUGCGCCAUGGCGGUCGUUCAAUGACUGAAUGUUCAGUGUUGUUGGGGGGGUGUUU